ACAGGACAGUUCAAAGCUGCCACAUAUCUUAUCUGUUACUUUCCUUCUCUUGUGUACAAGACACAGUGCUUCUUCUCAAUCCAACCUUUCUUCCUGCUUUCUACUGAGAUUAUACACAAACAUGCAUUCCUUAACAUGCUUACCACUUUCUUCUCCUUCUUCAAUCACAACUCUAAAACCAAACCACAACAAUAACUCUUUAUUGAAUGCAACUUCAAGGCCAUGCCUAUUACCUUUAAAAAGAAAAAACAGUUUUACUCCUAGAGCAUUACUAUCAUCAACUAAAGAAUCUGUUCUUAAAGAUUUUCGCGAAAGAACGGCUCUCAAGAUUAUAACAGGUUUGCAGAAUUUUGAUAAAGAUAAUGUUGCAUCUGUUGUCACUGCUGCAGAAAAGGGAGGAGCAACUCACGUCGAUAUAGCAUGUGAUCCUGAGUUGGUGAAGCUAGCUAUCAGCCUAACUUCUUGUCCGGUUUGUGUUUCUUCUGUAGAUCCUGCAACAUUUCCAGCUGCAGUUGAAGCAGGAGCACUAAUGGUUGAGAUUGGAAAUUAUGAUUCAUUCUAUGAGAAGGGAGUAAUUUUUACUCCGGAGCAGAUUCUGAGUUUAACAAAAGAGACUAGAAGGAUACUUCCUUCUGUAGUUUUGUCUGUCACUGUUCCUCACACACUAAGCCUCCCUGAUCAGGUCAAGCUUGCAGAGUCACUGGAACUAGAAGGUGUAGAUAUUAUUCAAACUGAGGGAGGAAAAUGUUCCAAUCCUACAAAGUCUGGUGUUCUAGGUUUGAUUGAGAAGGCGACACCAACUUUAGCAGCAGCUUAUUCUAUAUCACGAGCUGUUAAGAUACCUGUCAUGUGUUCGUCCGGGCUAAGUUCUGUUACAGCACCUAUGGCUAUCACUGCUGGAGCUUCUGGUGUGGGUGUGGGUUCUGCAGUUAACAAACUAAAUGACGUGGUUGCCAUGAUUGCUGAAGUUAGAAGCAUCGCUGAUUCAUUGAAGACGGCAUCCUUUAAGACACGUGAAGUGGAAACUCAUAGACAGUAGUUCAACAUAUGUUGCAAAAAACAGCUUAAGGUGACUUAGGUAGUGAAUAAAACGUGUAAAGAAAAUCUGGAUCCUUCCUUAAGACUUAGAAUUGCUAGGAUCUAUCUUUCUUAUUUUUGUUUGUGUGGAUGUUGAUCCCAUAUUAUCAAAGAAUUGAAAUGAUUAGUAAGCUAUUUGGAGUUUUGCUUCCUUAAUGGAGUUGGUCAGUUGAGUAAAA